GGGGCAGAAGGCGAAGGUUGCUGUUGCCGCGCAGGACGGAAACGGACUGUGAUAGGGGAGUCGCGGUCGAGAAGUUCAUGUCGAAAGUCCUGACGAAAGGGGCAGUUGCCCCGCUUGAAGCUUCAGUGUUUGCAUGUGGUCAGCUGUGACGUGGCUGGGCAUCACCCCUUUCUUUUUUGCAUAUAUCGAACACGAGGAAGCUGUUUGCCUCGUCGCAUCACUUUCGAAACACGCUCAAACAUGCAGAUUCCACUAAUUCGCUUGCAAUGCGGCUGCAAUAGCUAUGAGUGGGGAAAGGUCGGAAAGCAGUCCGCUGCCGCCCGCUUCGCCUCUGCCACACCUUCCGACUUCAGCAUCGAGGAAGAGAAGCCCUACGCCGAGCUAUGGAUGGGCACCCACCCCAGCAACCCCUCCAAGGAUCUGCAGACACAACGCACCCUACUCGACCUCGUCCAAGACAAUGAAGCCUUGAUGUCCAAGGAGAUUUCGGAAAAGUACCAGAAGAAGCUGCCUUUCCUGUUCAAGGUCCUGUCCGUCAACAAGGCUCUCUCCAUCCAGGCUCACCCCAACAAGAAGCUGGCCGAGAAGCUACACAAGAAAGACUCCAAGAACUACCCGGAUGACAACCACAAGCCCGAAAUGGCUCUUGCCAUCACUCCCUUCGAUGGUCUCUGCGGCUUCCGUCCACUCGCUGAGAUCUCGCACUUCCUCGACAGUGUACCCAGUUUGAGAAGCCUGGUAGGCGAGGAUGAGGCAAAGAAGUUCCAAGAGACAGUCAAGGGUCAGGAGACAACAGAAGACGAAUCCAAGACUUCGGAAAACAAGAAGGUGCUGCAGGCUGCUUUCCGUGGUCUCAUGGAGAGCAAACCCGAGGAUAUUGAGAAGCACGCCAAAGAUCUCAUUCAACAAGCCAAGGACGAGGGCGACAAGUUUGCCGGCAACGGUGGCCCUUCAAACAAUGGCAAGGAGCUUUCAGACUUGAUGCUCAGACUCCAAGGUCAAUUCCCCAACGACAUUGGUCUCUUCGUCUCUUUCUUCCUGAACUACGUCAAGCUCGAGGUUGGCGAGGCCAUGUUCCUCAAGGCCGAUGACAUUCACGCCUAUCUCUCAGGAGACAUCAUCGAGUGCAUGGCUUCCUCCGACAACGUCGUUCGUGCUGGCUUCACCCCUAAGUUCAAGGACGUCGACACCCUCACUGAUAUGCUCACCUACUCCUACGCUCCCAUCAGCGAACAAAAGAUGUCGCCGACCGACUACCCCUUCGUAACCCUCAACACCACCGCCUACAGCUCUAGCUCCUCGGCCACCCUCUACGACCCUCCGAUCGAGGAAUUCAGCGUCGUCAAGACUGACCUCAACAAGUCGGGCGCAAAGGCCACUUUCGAAUCCAUCGACGGCCCCAGUAUCAUCAUCUGCACAAAGGGAUCCGGCAAGAUCAGUGUUGGUCCCAAAGAGGAGGAGAUCAAGGAAGGAUACGUAUACUUCGUCGGCGCCACCGCCAAGUGCGUGCUUGAAAGCAUCGGAGAUGAGCCUCUGGUCACUUUCAAGGCUUUCUGCGAGUUGAAUGGCAAGGAGAGCAAGAUCUAA